AUGAAGAAGAAUUUUGGAGACAAAAAGGAUCACACUUGGUUCUCUGAAGGUGAUAGAAACACCAGGUUUUUUCACAAUUUAGUAAAUGGAAGGAGAAUAAGGUUACAAGUGAAUAGAAUUCAAAUAUCUGAUGGUGAGUGGAUAGAAGAUAAGGAGCAACUUGCAGCAAAAGCAAUUAAUUUCUUCCAACAACAAUUCUCUCAAGAGGAUGAGGCUCUAGAUUUUGGCAUGCUGAAGCGCAUUCCACAGAUGGUCUCUUCUGAAAGCAAUGAUUUGCUUUGUGCACUUCCAUCCCCAGAAGAAGUAAAGAAUGUUAUUUUUGAACUUAAAGGAGAGAGUGCUUGUGGUCCUGAUGGAUUAUCAGGAACUUUCUUUCAUUUCAUGUUGGGACACUGUAGGAAUGGAUGUUUUGUGAAGGGAAGAAGCAUUAUUGAGAAUGUGUUGCUCACUCAAGAAAUUGUCACAGAUAUUAGAAAGAGAGGUAAACCUGCAAAUGUGGUGAUAAAGUUAGAUAUGGCUAAGGCAUAUGAUAGAGUGUCUUGGCUAUAUUUAACUAAGGUGCUGAGAAGAAUGGGAUUUGCAGAAAUCUUACGGAUCAGAUAUGGAGUGCAAAUAACUGAUGAUACCAUCAUCUUUGCAUCAGCUGAUAAACUAUCAUUGGAACUGACUAUGAGUGUUUUGAGAGAUUAUGAAAAGAUGUCAGAAAUCAGCACGCCGCUAUGUCAAGAAGUUGAGCGGAUGCUUGGUUUUACAAGAGGCAUGUUUCCCUUCAAAUAUCUUGGCUGUCCUAUCUUCUACUCUAGAAAAAGGAAAGUUUAUUAUAAUGAUCUAAUUAAGAGGGUGAAAGAUAGGCUGCAGAACUGGAAAGGAAGGUUGUUAUCAUUUGGAGGGAAGGUAGUUCUUAUCAAUAGUGUUUUACAAAGUAUGCCAAUGUACCUUCUAUCUGCAAUGGCACCUACUAAGUACACACUAAAUGAACUGCAUAAAAUCUUUGCAAGAUUUUAUUGGAGUAACAAUGAAGAAGGCAAGAGUAGACACUGGUCAGCUUGGCUGAAAGUGUGCGUUCCUAAACAGGAGGGAGGAUUGGGAUUUAGGUCCCUUUUUGAUGUAUCAAAAGCUUUAUUCACUAAGCUAUGGUGGAGAUUCAGAACUUCUGGUACCCUGUGGUCAACAUUCAUGUGGAAUAAGUAUUGUGAGAAACAUAUUCCAACCAGGGUUCAAUGGAAAGGAGGCUCACAAUUAUGGAAGAAGAUGCUAGAAUCAAGAGAUGCUAUAGAAGGGGAGAUCUGGUGGGAACCAAGAAAUGGUUCUGCUAACUUUUGA